AUGUCGUUCGAAUCGGCGUGUGACGGUGUCGAUGGACAGAGUUGGAGACUGUUGUCAUCUGCUAUACCUAUUAAUUUCCAUAGGCCAGACUCUACUAGCCUGAUCGAUCUGAAAAGUCUCCGGCGAAUGGACGAGUGCGCAUUCGCCGGAUACUUCUCAAGUCGAUAA